GUAUGUGAUCUUUGUACACACCAACUCUGCUUCACCUUCUGCCAUGAGUGGAAGCAGUCAGAAGCCCUCAACCAGAGCAGAUGCUGGCGCCAUGCUUCCUGUACAGCCUGCAGAACUGAGAGCACUUGGGUUGGUCCUGAAGUCUCCAGCCAUCUGCCUACCUGCCAAGGUCUCUCUGGAGCAGCCAUGAGGUCCCUCAUCCUGCUCCUUUGUCUCGCUCAGCUCUGGGGCUGCCAUUCGGCCGCACAUGUCCCAGAGAUGACUUAUAGACAACUGAGCUGUGAUGACCUAGAAACACAGCAAGCAGCCCAGGUAGCUGUGGACUACAUCAAUAGCCACCUUCUUCAUGGAUACAAGCACACCUUGAACCAGAUUGAUCAAGUGAAGGUGUGGCCUCGGCGACCCUUUGGAGAGGUAUUUGAGCUUGAAAUAGACACACUGGAGACCACCUGCCAUGUGCUGGAUCCCACCCCAGUUGCGAACUGCACCGUGAGGCAGCUGGCGGAGCAUGCUGUGGAAGGAGACUGUGACGUGCGGCUACUGAGGCAAGACGGCCAGUUUUCCGUGACGUUUGCAAAAUGUGAUUCCAGUCCAGACUCGGCGGAGGACGUGCGCAAGGUGUGCCCCGACUGCCCCCUGCUGGCCCCGCUCAACGACAGCCGCGUGGUGCACGCCGUGGAGGCCGCCCUGGCCGCCUUCAACGCGCAGAACAACGGCUCCUAUUUCCAGCUGGUGGAGAUUUCCCGGGCUCAACUCGUGCCUCUCCCAGUUUCUACCCGUGUGGAGUUUGCAGUGGCUGCCACUGACUGUGUUGCUAUACAGGUCACAGACGCAGCCAAAUGCAACAUGCUGCCAGAAAAGCAAUACGGCUUCUGUAAGGCAACAGUCACUGAGAAUCUUGGUCAGGAAGAGGUUGCAGUGACCUGCACAGUGUUCCAAAGACAGCCCGUGGUCCCGCAGCCCCAGCCAGAUGGCCUUGUCUCCAUAGCUUCCACCUCUGCUCCAGUGGACCCACCUGCAUCUGCGUCCCCUCCAGCCAGCCCGCCUGCAGCUCCCAUGGUGGUAGGACCCAUGGUAGUGGCUGCUCACCCAAGACCCCCAUCGCACCGGGCUCACUAUGACCUGCGCCACGCCUUCUCAGGUGUAGCUUCGGUGGAGUCGGCCUCCGGAGAAACGUUCCACCUGGGCACAUCACCCCCAGUGGCAAAGCCUGGUAUGGUUGCUGCUGCAGUGCUCCCCUCAUGCCCAGGGAGGAUCAGAUACUUCAAGGUCUAGGCUAGACACGGCAGAGAUGAGAAGGUUUGGCAACAUAGCCACUGUUUUAUCUGAGCCUUGGCAUGGGUAGGGGGCCUUGUCUGCUGUCAAGCAAGUGCCGCAUGUGGCCCAGAUAAAUAGCAAGUCUCAAAUCCCAGCUUUUCUUCUUUCCUCAGAGGACAGAAGCAGAGGGGGUGAUGGUGUUGUCUGACGGAGGGCACAAGGCCAACAACUUGAUUGUCAUGGCUUUGAGAAGCCACCGUCAUUGUGUUCUCUGCUUUCUGGAUGACCUCACAAAAACAACUGAAACUGUGACUUUGAGAGGUGCUCUUGUUAAGCUUGUAUCUGCCUGUUAAUAAAAGUGCCUGAAGGACCUUCCUUAAUAAAGAAA